GCAAGAUGUCGUAAAAUAGUGGGGCAUUUUAAACAUAGCCCCUCAAACACAGACGAACUGCACAAGGAGCAAGCACGACUGGAUCAAGACAAAGAGCCACUGAUACAGAAUGUUUCCACAAGGUGGAAUUCAACACUGUUUAUGAUCUCUCGUCUGCUAAAGAACCAAGAGGCUGUGAAGGUUACUGUAGCCAAACAGAAGCACAAGCUCACCAUGUUAGCUACAGCAGAGUGGGACAGACUGCAGAGGCUCGAGACCCUCCUUAAACCAUGCAGAUAUGUGACUGAGCUCCUUGGGGUUGAGACUUAUGUCUCAUGCUCUGUUGUGUUACCUGCUCUCAGCCACCUGACCCACACCAUGAAGGUCUCAGAUGACGACCCAGCCUAUGUGGUGAGGUUCAAGGGUGCCUUUAAAAAGGACCUGUCUGAACGCCAAGAUACACUCAACCAUGGAUGGCUCAGGGUGGCUACAGCACUCGACCCACGCUUUAAGGACCUAAAGUGUCUACCAAGAGGAGAGCGAGGAGGGGUGUGGACCAGCAUUGAGGCACUGCUGCGAAAAGAACCAGACAGAGCCACUCCAGAACCCACAGAGGAGCCAGCAAGGAAGAGGAGCCUCCUGCUGUUUAAUUCAGACUCUGAAACAGAGGAUGAGUAUGAAGAGGGGCCCAACGGGGCUCUGACCCGCUACAGGGCAGAGCCCACCAUCAGUGAGACAGACUGCCCACUGCAGUGGUGGUCCACUCAUGAGGGAGCCCAUCCACAGCUUUUUGCCCUGGCCCGCAAGUAUCUGGGCAGCCCUGCCACUUCUGUCCCUUGCGAAAGACUUUUCUCAUUGGCAGGUCACAUAGUUCAAAAGAAAAGGGCAGCCUUGAGCUCUGAAAAUGUGAACAGGCUAAUUUGUCUCAGCAACUGGCUGAAAGAGAAGUAGAAGAAGUAGUCAUAGAGGUAUCCUGAGGCCAAUGGGCUUGUUGUUACUGAAAUGUUGAUCAAACAGUGGCCUAA